CUCUAAAGUGCGAUGGGGACGCUAAAGUGCGAUGGUCACGCUAAAGUGCGAUGGUCUACGCUAAAGUGCGAUGGUAAGAUACGCUAAAGUACGAUGGUAUGUCAUAUAAAGUAGAACACGCUAAAGUCCGAUGCCUCAAUACGCUAAAGUGCGUUUUUCCGCGAAAGUGCAUUUGUUCGCGAAAGUAUUUACGUUCGGAACGUUAACUAUUAUUAUGACGUUAUAAGCCGUUUAUACAAACAAACAAAAUGGAAGUGCCGCUGCCGUUAAACUUAAAUAUGUGUCCAAAUGAAGGAUUUAUUCUUGACAAAAAAAGAAAGAAAAGAGAAACAAAUGAUCCGAAUCCGGAACACUUUUGGUCGGUUUUAGAAGAGGUAAAUUUAAUUUGUAAAAAGAAAUUUGAUGAAAACAGCUGGGGUGCUAAAAAAAUAAAAGAGCAACUAAGUUUACAAAUGAGUGAGACAAGUGUAAGAAAAUAUUUGUCCAACUUUCUUUAUGAUGAUGAUACCUGUGCAUUGUACCACAGAAGUACUAAGAUUGGAGACAAUCACAGAAGAGUUUUAUCAAAAGAACAAAUGAUAGCUGAAAUUAAUGCCAACCAUAAAAUUGAUCACCGUAAAAGUGACGCGGUAUAUGAAACACUUAGAAAGACCUAUUUUCCCGUAGUUCGGGAAAAUACAAGAUUACUGUUCAAGCAACAUAUAAAAUGUUCCCAAUGCCUAGCAGCUGUAGAUCUACCAAAAACUCAAAUAACCAGAAGACCUAUACCGGCUACCUAUUCAAAUAGUAGGUGGCAAAUGGAUAUGAAGAAAAUGCCCCCAUGCAAAGGUUACAAUUAUAUAUGCAACAUAGUUGACUGUUACAGCCGCUUUGCCUUUGGUGGACAUCUUAAACAGAAGACGGCAAAAGAAGUGUCGGAAUUGCUUUUGAAAUUCAUCUACAUAUUUGGCCCACCUCGGAUUCUCCAGACUGAUAACGGCAAAGAAUUUAAUAAUGCUGAUCUUUGUGCAGUAAUUGAUGAGUUUAAGACAAGAAAAAUUAAUGGUCGUCCGUACCAUCCCCAAUCACAAGGUUAGUCAUGAAAAAACUUUAUUGUACUGCAUUAAUAAAUGAUAAUUUAGUUUCACUUAUCUAUUUAAAAAAUAAAUACAAAUACAAUUAUAUUUUGCCUUUACGUUUCAUUUACAGGACUGGUGUACUUCUUAAACAGGCCGUUCUUAACACAAUUUUAAUACCUUUAACGUAAACAAACAACAAGUAAAAAAUUACUAAUUUACGAAAUCAUUAGCUCUAAAUAUAUAAUUACUAAAUUAUGUAAUCUUAAAUCAUUUUAAUCUAAAUAAUUGCCUCUAAUGUUUCAAAGAAAUCGACAUUUGAACAAGCACAAAUAAAGCAAAAAAAUAUAUGUAUACCCUUUAUUUGUACAAUAGUCAGCUAAUUGCUGGAUAAAAAAAAAAUAUGUACAUUGUUGGAAAAUAUAACAUUUAUGUGGAGUCGCUGCAAAACAGGAGAAUAGCUUGGCGAGCCUCAUGUUUUGUUUUGUUUUAAAGCUUUAUUAUCUUUAAAAUUGUAUAUUAACAAAUAUAUGUAAUCUGCAAACCAUUAAAACACAUUUUUACACAAUAAUUUCAGGACAUGUAGAAAGAUUUAACAGGACUGUAGUCGCAUACUUUAGAGCCCAAUUUGUUGAUACUAGAGAUUGGCCAAGUUUACUAGGAGAAUUUUAUUAUAAAUACAACAACAGAUUCAACAAAUCCACUAGACCCAUGACACCCCACCAAAGAUUUUUUAAGAGGCCAAAUUUUUCAAUGGCAUUAGAAGAACAGGUUGCAAAGUGUAAUUUGACUAAAGAGGAAAAAGAAUUUCUAGAAAUGGCUCACUUGGAUGUUGAAGAAGAUGAUGACGACAACAAUAACUUGGCCUUAAAUGAAAACUUAAAAUCAGUGAAAAUUAAUGAAAUUACAGAUGCAGAAGAGAGUCAUAUUAAUCAGAAAGAUAAUGAAGUUCAGCAGUCUGAGAUGCUACAUCAUACCAUAACUACGGACUCUGCAACAAUUGGUGCAUCAAAUACAAAUUUUGAGAUUAACAGUAAAGAUGUGGUUAAUAAAGCAUCAGAGAAUAAAGCCGGAGAAAUUGCCAUAAUGGAUGCAGAAAAUGAUUACCAGGAAUUUGUUGAAGCGAUGUGGCACACAAAAAUUACCAACAGGAUCAAAGAAAGUGAAUUAGCAAUAUCUGCAAAUGCAACUAUAACUAGUAAUGAGUCCGUAAAUGGCGUAGAAAAUGUUGAGGUCAAUAAUACUGUACAGACUUACGAUAGAUAUAACGAAAUGAUACCAUCACAACAGCAACUCCAAAUGUCUCAACCACUGCAAGAUAUCACAAAUUCUCAAAUGAUGCGCAAUACAAGUUUACAUCAAUCAGAAGUUAGCCCAUAUUAUAAAGACUUGUAUGCAAGAAAAUUUAUACAACGUACUGAUUCUGGUAUAGCAGGCCUGAAACGCCGUCAUUUGGAAACAGAAAUGUAUAUGUCUCAGAAUCGUGAAGAAUGGGACAGUAGCUUGUAUCCGGAGGAGUUGUUUCCUAAAAAAGUAUCCAAACUUACAGAAAUGCAAACUUUUCAUCCCGCAGUUAACUGCAGUAAUAGACUUUAAACCAAAUUCAGCUUUGUCCGCGGGUACAAACGUUUUUCUGUCCGGGUAUUGGAAGAAAGGACUUGUUAUGAAUAUUGAAAAUGAUGACAGUAAAGGGAAGGUGUAUACCAUAAAGGAGCUUGAAAAUGGCAAAAUUCACCAAGUUUCAAAAUAUUUGAUUCGUCCGAAUUUGAUUUAGAUAUCUAUUUUAUGAAUUCCGUGUCAUUUUAAAA